AUGGAGAAGAUGGAUAUCGAGGAGGCGCAGAAGGCGGGCGAUGAAGGAAAAGGAGGAGACGACGCGAACAGCUUGGAUGGGUCGUUGUGGGCACACGUCACCGAGUUGGAGAGCACGAAUGUGAGUUUGAAGGAAAAAAUGAAGAGAAUCAGAGGAUUCGAGAAAUUCGUGGAAAAAUCGGAAGAAGUGGUGCAGAACCUGCAGAAGGCGCUGGGAGACACCACGCUGGCGGCGAGAAAACAGGACCUGAUGUUGGCGCCGGUAGAGAAGUACUGCGCGGAGUUGAGGGAGCGGUACGGAGAAGUGCGAUGCGAUGGUUGGCAGGAGAAAGUGCUGAAAUUGAUGAGAGAAAAAGCGGUGGAGACUGUUGAACAGUUGCGCGAUGAGUGUGAGAAGGCGGGAGAUGAAAAUGAAGAAGAAAAAGAGGAAUUAGAAAAAGAAAACGAGAAGUUGAAAGAAAAUAAUAAGUAUUUCCAGAGGCUGCUCGAAGAGAAGAAUGUUGAGAUGGCCGACGAGAUGGCGAGAAGUGAAGCUGAAAGAGAGCAAUUGCAGAAGAAGUUGGAGGAGGCGGAGAAGAAGAUCGAGAAGCUCAAGAAUGCAAUGACUAAGGAGAAGAGAGUGUCGGAGGGAUUGAAGAGCUCGAUCACACACUUGGAGGGCAAAGUCGCCACUGCGCGAGAAGACAAGGAGUUUGCGGAGGGAAGAUGGGACGACUUUCAGCGAUGGAUGGAGCAGGCUAGGUGA